AGGGUUACCAGAGGUGUGUGUGCGCGCGCGCGUGUGUAGAAACUUUCUCUGGAAUCAGCCCAAACAAUUUUUAAGUCCACCCCCCACCCCCAGACGACUUGACUCCGCGUGCGUCAGACGCGUCAUUACGCACGGCUCCUCCGGUGUGCUGCAGGCCAGGUGUACCGGGCCCCGCCCACAGGGGAACCUGCAGCUGGGCUCGCCGGUUCCGUGGGUCAGAUCGCAGCGGAGCUCCGAGAGGCGCGAACAGUCUCCUGAUUUCCACAGAAGCAAAGAAGAACUUCCUGUUUCGGUGGGAAAACUACGGCAGCUGAUAGAGGACAAAGUUAGCCUCCUACGGUUCCCGUCUGCUGACAGCCAGCAGGCGUCGGUUUUUGAGGGAUCGGACGGAGACGGCGGCCUGCUGAGGUUUGCGCUGCUCAGUCAGGAGUUGACCUUUCACCUCCAGCAGCUGCAGAGACGGACCGAGCAGGAGCUCGGCAACAUCCAAUCACAACUCUCUCAGAUCAAAGGUCGUCGGCAGCAGCUGACCUCUGACCUGUUGGAUCUUCAGCAGAAGAAGACACAGACAGAAGAAGAGCUGAGGAGGAGCUCCUGUCCUCAGGCGUCUGCACUCUGCGCUUGUCGGGAGCUUCAGUCGUUCAUCGGCGAGCAUUUGGUCCAGUCUGAGAAGUUGGUGUUCCAGGAGCAGGCUCUGAGCACGCUUCGUGACCUACUGACCCAGGACCUGCACACCUACCAGGAAGAGACUCGGAAACUCACCUGCUUCACCCAGAAAAUACUCAGAAGGUCAGACAGAGAGGAGACCUCCAGAGUGACAGAAGGUGACACAAGCAUGCUGGGAAAGAACGAGACGGAGCUCGGAGACAAUGUGGCGAAUUCCAGUCAGCAGGCCCGCAGAGGCGACCGCACAAAACCACCUGUAGGCCCGUUCCCCAGCUCAAACCUCCACCGAGCUGGCAGCGUCAAAGACCUGAUCAGCAAAUUCUCCGGUCCCGAUCAGGUCUUGUGCUCCCGUUCCCCACGGAGCCACGUGUCUGAACCCAGACGAGUCACAAAGUCCGUGUCCACGGAGUCUCUAAACUCGGCAAAGUCUACGUCGGGUCAGAGCGUUAUAGGACACGCCGGGGGGCCGGUUCCCAGUAUCGCUGUGACUCCAUUCGGGGAAACCACACAGAACGGGGUUGAACCUGCUCAGAAAGGCGCCAGAGGCAGAGACACAGCAGCCAGCAUCGAUUGUCCGGUGGGAGGAGGCGGGACCCAGAAGGCUGAUUCCAGACCGCCAGCUUCAGACUCUGGUAGAGACGACUCUGGCAUGGGAUCGGAGGCGGAGUUUGACUCGAACAAGCAGGCCGACAGCCCGUCAGAGGAGCCCCUCACCUCCAGAUCCACGCCCGUCAGAGAGAACCAGAAGUACCAGCUGCUGAUGAACCAGGAGCUGAAGAGCAACGGGCUGAGCAGCCGGGAGGCUGAGGAGGGCAGCCCCAGACUGUCCAGAUGGGAAGCCUCGGUGCUGGGGGCCAGCCGCUACCGCGGGUCCCUGGAGUCCCUGGCCUCACGGGACUGGGAGACCGGUUCUGACAGGGCGGGCCUCAUUGACAGCCCCCCCAGGGUGUUUAACAGCCCCUACACCACGACCACAUCUAUGGAUUAUAAUCCCACCUACAGGAUGUCUGAGUAUAAGGCUCCUGGCGGACUCUCUCCCUCCACCUCAGAACUGAACCUGUACAGCUUCAACAGUCGCAGUACCAGUCCAGUGGGGGUCUCCUCCACUCUGGUGCCUUCCCGCACCCGCUUCUCCACCUACGACAGCCUGAUGAGGAGGAGGAACGACGUCAACAACACCGUGGUGGCGCCGGCCCACUACAGCAUGAGGUCCACCACUCUGGGAGCGCCAAACAAAAAGAAUUAUAUAGAAGAACUGACCAAGCAGCUGGACACCUGUCAGAAGCGUAACCAGUUCCUGGAGGCAGAGAGCGUCGAGAUGGAGAAGGAGAGGAACCAGAUCAGGUUCGAGAUGCGGGCCCUGUUGGUGAACAACGAGGACCUCCUGAGGACCAACGCUCAGCUGAACAACGAGCUGAAGAGGAUGAGAGAGCAGAUGGUAGAGAUGGAGAAGGACAAUCAGUCACUGAGAGACAGUUUCAGAGACAUGGAGGUGGAGGUGAAGGAAGCCAGAGAGAUAAUGGUGGAGGCCAACACUCAGGAGUACGCCUUCAACUUCCUGGAGCAGUCUCUGAAAACCCGGAUUCAGGACGCUGAGGAAAACCUGGAGAAGCAGACGCAGCACGCUCAGACUCUGGCUGAGAAGUUGUGGCUGGCUGAGAGACAGCUGGAGGAGCUGGAGGUGGACAGAGGAAGCCGAGACAAGAAGACAUCUGAACUCAACACCAUCAUCAUCAGGAUGGAGGAGGAGCUGAGUGAAGCCCUGCAGAAGUCCACACAAGCUCAAGCAGAGUCUAACCUGCAGCAGAAGCUACGAGAGGACGCCCAGAUGAGGGUGGAUGAGCUGGAGGAGGCGCUCCUGGAAAAGGACCAGGAGAUCCAGAGGCUGCAGAUCCUUGUUGGCAAACUGCAAGGAGAGGUUUCUGGGAAGCUGAUCGAUAAGGAGCGGACUCUGGAGGAGGAGAUCCAGCUCAGGGAGCGGCUGCAGCUCCAGUGCAGGCAGGCAGAGAGGACGGUGGACGAUCUCACCAUGGAGCUGCAGAGCACCAACCAGACCAAGGAUGACCUCGCCAAACAGGUCAAAGUGGCUCAGGAGAAGCUGAUCGACCUGGAGAGCGAGCUGGAGGAGCUGCAGGACAGCGAGCACAGAUGGGCCGCCAAACACAAGAGAGCCAUCGAGCAGACCGAACAGUUGCAGCUGAAGCUGAUUCAGGAGAAAGAUCUGAACGAUCAGCUGGAAACGGAGCGCGUGGUCAUGGAGAGACAGCUGCGAGAACUUCGUCUGGAGGUGGAGGAGCUUCGGAGCUCCAGAGUCCAGGAGGACGUCGUCUCCAGAGCGGAGAGUCGAGUCAAGGAGCUGGAGAGCACUCUGAGGACCGAGGAGAGGAACAAAUCUAGUCUGACAAACACCAUCGGUAAACUGGAGAGGAGGAUCAACGAGAUGAACGAUCAGAUGGAGGAGGAGCACCGGAUCGCCACGGAGCAGAAGGAGCUGAUGACCCAGAGGAUUCGCUCACUGAAGCGGCAGCUGAAUGAGGCUGAAGAGGAGGCGAGCAGAAAGGAGGCGCAGUUCCGCCACACCCAGAGGGAGCUGACAGAGGAGAGGGAGACCACCAGCCGGCUGCAGAGGCAGCUGCUGGACCAGCACCUUCAGAGCAAGCGUAAGGAGAACCUGACGAUCCGUCAGACCCUGGACAACCUCCGGUUGGACCUGAGUGUGGAUGAUGAAGACGAAGAUCAGCUACACACAGCAAACAAACAGGAAGAAACAAACAGCAUCACCAAGGUUUAAAAUGCGUACAAGUCAGUAGCAGUGGUUUUCAUCUCCUACGCAGCGGGAAGCUUUUCAGUUUGGGGUCUGAGAAAUGAUUCUUAACACUUUUGAAAUUUUUCAAGAAAGAUGUUUAGGUGCUAGGUCGUAGUACAAACAGCCUUCAGGUUCCUCCGUCUGUGUGGCCCAACCAAGACUUCAGUGUUGUGUUCCCUCUUAGCUGGACUGUUUAUUUACUCCCUCUAGUGGAGGACAGGGAGAACUGCAACCGCUCCACAAAGAAACUUCGUUUCCUUUUGUUUUUAUCAGAAUUGAUCUGAUUUUCGCCUGCAGAUGCAAUGAUGACGUCUUUAAAUAACUUUUCCUGCAGUUUAUCCUGAUUUAUUAGUUUAUUUGUCUGCACUGUUUCCCGUCAGACUGCAGGUUGAGAUAAAUGUGGGUUAUUAAGCGUUCUGAUUCACAAACAUCACCUUGAGAUUAUUUAUUCUUCAGUUUGUUUUUGUGAUUAAAAUUUUAUUUUUGAUUCCUUCUGGGAUGCAUUUGAAAGUUUAGAUUUAGUUUCUAGGAUUAAAAGUUAAAUAACUUUAAUGUAUUUAAGGUGGUUUGCUGCUGUUAGGAGGUGAACAUGAUGCACCUUCUGUGUAAAUGAGAUUUUUGUUGCAGCAAAACAAAAAAGAAAAGUUUAAAAAGAGGAAAUGUGGUCACUAAUUAGCGUCAAACCUAGACACGUCCAGGUUUUCUCAGCUGCUUCUCUCUUGUGGUUUUGAGGAUUAGAAAAAGGUCAUUUAAACUGAGAAAUAGCAGUAGGACAUGUUUUAAUUUAUUGUAACUAUCAUUGAUUUAUUGUCUAAUCUGAAUGAAAGCUGUUUGUAUUUUAACGGAAACAAAUCAGUUCCUGCUCCAGAGUUUCACUCCAUGUUCAGAAGUUUCUGCAUGUUGGAAACUUAAAGCUGCAUCUGUUAGAUUCCCCAAAUGUUUACAUUUUCUACCUUUGUUUUUGGAAGCAAGGAUGCUGUACCUCAAUGCCUAUACUGUAAGAUCUACUUUAUGGUUCAUGGGUUUCUUUCUGCUCCUGCUAUGAAAAUGUAAAACUAGUUAACUGAUUUGUUUUGUAACCACGCUACAGCUUCACUGUCUUGGGGUAUUUAUAUUUCAUAUUCACACUGUUGGACUUUAAGUAAAAACUACAAAUAAACUGUUAAUCCUAAA